AUGGAGACUCCCGGCUUGUCUCUUCCCAGAUGCCAUUCAUCCACACCCAGACUACGAAACUCUGUAGUGUGCCUGAGAACGAGUGUUCCAGCAUUCUCCUUCUCCCUACAACCAGAAACUAAGACUGCGUUGCAACGCUUCAAGGUGCAUCUGGCAAGAGAUCAGAUUUGCUACCAGAGAAUACCAGCAGUUGCUGUAGCUGCAACUGCGGAAAGUGCAGCGGAUUCGGCUAAGGGAGUGAAGGUGCAGAUCACGCUGGUCAGGGAAUGCGGGUUCGGUCAGGCCUUCGGAGUGGUGGGGGGAUCGCCGGAACUCGGUCAAUGGGAACCGAGCAGAGCGCUUCAGAUGGAAUGGUCGCCUGGCCACGUCUGGUCGGCGCAAACUGUUUUACCUGCGGGGUCACGGAUCGAGUUCAAGAUCAUCAUGGUGACAGAAAAUGGAGAUAUCGUGUGGCAACCAGGCCCGAAUAAGACUGCCGUGGUCUCUAACGGCAAGGGGAAGCAGCUUCUGCAGCUCCCCUGGGACAACGAGGAGCUUCCUCCUCUUCCGCGGACGGCGGACGCUGGCGCAGUGAAAACAGCCGCAACAGCGCUUGCGCCGGAGUUUCAAGAGGCGGAGCUUGCGAGCGAUAAUUCAACAGCGAAGGGAGCGGACGAGGCGAAGGCGGUUGACGGAAAUGAGCCGGCGGAGGAGGCGGUUGUAGCAUCCGCGGCACAGACCCAGGGAGAGAGUGCCGAGCAGGCGGAGGAGGAGGCCGAGAAGGAAGCCAGGGAGGAGGAGGAGGCAGUCGUGUCUGUGGAGGAGACGCGUGCUGAGGCUUCCCCUCCAGAACCAGACGCGAUUGAGGGAGCCAAGCAAGCAAAGCAACCCUCUAAGAAGAAACCCGUCUCACCAACAGCUCGGGUGCUGCAGGCAGAUGCAGCAUGGGGGCAGCGCGUGUGGGGGUCGCUAAUUUCCUCAUGGGGACGCAAAACGCUGAUGGAUGAAGAGACGAACCGGGAUUAG